GAUAUAAUACAAAGACAACAUAGAAUUUGAUCGACAGCUAUCGUUUCACAAGCCUCCAUUUUGGAAAGUGAACAAGGGUGUGGGCGACUUCUUCUGACUAAAUACGAUUUUGCGAAUGGUCCUCGACUGAAGUCAUGGAUCCAGGUUACAGAGAGAGACAGGGCUACUACGGCAGGGAUCAGGACCCACAACAGGAUAUCCGCCACCACCAACAGCAACAGCAUCAGUUGCAACAACAACAGCCACAACUCCUGCCGCAUUAUGCCCACCAGUUGCCCCACCACCAGUCCCUGUUGCAGCCACACCUGCCACCGCAGCAUCAGUUGCAUCACACACAGCCAGCCUUUGUUCUUGACCAGGGUGAUCAGGUCAGAGGUCGUGAAGACUUUGCGGGCAGGCUGACAGGAUCGGCUGUCUUACAACAAAUGUUGCCCAGUAGUGGACAGGUGCUUGCGAGUAGUAUGCAUCGCAGCCAUCCCCACUUCACUGAACACAGUCAUACUCAGCUAUCCCAUCUAACCAGCCAGGCAAGCUAUGUCCCACCAACCACAUCAACUCAGUCGAUUGUAGAUGCUCCGGCAAGUGGCAGCCAGGCUUUCAUGUCCCCUCAAUCCCCCACACAGCAGGAUUCGUCAGACGAACAUGAUGUGGAAGAAGAAGUGGUGGAGGAACCAGUUGGUAGCAUGGUCCUUAACGAGAAUGUCCGUGUUGUCACCGUCUCUGAACCGCAGAAUGCCCGCGUUGUCACACUCCCAGAACCCCAGUGUGAGCCAGUCUUGACUUCGGCAAGCAGUGCAGACAUGGACACUCCCAAGAAACGGGCAGUGCGCCUAGCCCUCGCGGAGACGCAACAGAACGUUCUGACUGCUCCACAGAACUUGUUACGGCGGGAUCUGCAAGUUGUGGACCAGGAUAUAUGGAAACCUGAUAUCCCGAUUGGUCUGUCUCUGAAGUUCUCUCUGGAUGGGAAGAUCAGUGGGCUACGUUCAGAGCGGUCUUUGGAGAAGGGUGCAAGAUUUGGUCCUUUCAAUGGCAAGCUGGUCGAUGAGGCAGUGGGAUUCCAAAAGGACUCCUCUUGGGAGCUUUGCAUGCGGGGGAAGGUAUUCUUCUACGUCGAUGGUCAGAACAAAAGUCACAACAACUGGAUGGCUUUCGUUGAGAGUGCCAACUCCGAGGAAGAACAGAACCUUGAAGCAUUCCAAUCCUACGGGGAUAUCUACUUUAGAACCACUAAGGUUGUUGAACCAGGAAGUGAGCUGAAGGUGUUCUACAGUGACGAGUAUGCUAAUCAUGUCGGCUUCAAGAAGAAACUGAGUGAUCUGCAGUCAAAAAGUGAUUCUCAGAUGUUUCCUUGCGGUUCCUGCGACCAAUCUUACCCUUCAGCUAAACGACUUCUGAGGCACUUGAAGAUCAGUCAUGACCCUGACAGGGCCAAUGAUUUACGUCCUGUGUUGACGUGGCAGUCACGUACCAAUUCAGAGAAUGCUGAGAAUGAGAAACCUGUCAUUGCUAAACCGGUCAAGUCUUCUUCGCCAACCAGCAAGAAGACCCAGGUGUUGACCACAAACAGUUCCAGUAUGGUCGAAGAGAGGUUUAUCUGCACGACUUGUGGCAAGAACUUCCCGACCCGUGGAAGGCUUGCUGCCCAUGAAACCUUCCACGAAUACAGCGAGGAACACAUUUGCAAUAUAUGCGGCGAAAGCUUUACCAACUCCAACACUCUUGCCAAGCACAUGGUGACCCACAAGGCCAAACCUUACAAGUGCCAAUCCUGCGGGAACGCCUUCACAACAAGGAAUAUGCUGAGCCGCCAUGAGAGGCUCUCGCACUCGUUCAACCACAAGUGCCGGGUGUGUGGGAUGCAGUUUGUGAAGAAGCGUGAGUGUAAUAGGCACGAAAAGAUUCACCCAGAUUGGAGGAACUUCAGGUCUGUGAAAAUUAAACCUGAAAAACGGUCAAGAUUGAAAAAAGUGGUUCAAAGCGAUGAAGAUGAUGAUGUUGAAGAAGGGCAGUUUGAUUUCCUGAACACUGAUGAAGCAAAUGAGGUAGUUGAGGCUCAAGAGGAGGAGGAAGAAGAAGAGAACAAUCCAAACCUACCAAAAGACAUGCUUGGGAAAAGAGUUAAUUAUUAUGAUCGACCAAGACCUUAUAAAUGCCAAUUUUGUCCAAAGCGGUAUCUCUCAAAGAAGGCUAAGCUUGAUCAUGAAGCUGAGAGACACACCAAGAAAUGCCGCUUCAAAUGCACGCACUGCCCAUCAGUAUUCGCAACUGAGAUUAGAUAUGUAGAGCACGUGAAGCGGCACAUCGAGAACCGUCCAUUUCACUGUGCCCUCUGUCCCAUGACCUUCGCAUCCGAGAGCGCCCUCAAGAACCACCAAGGAGAGCACACUGGUCUCAAACCCGUCAAGUGCGACGUCUGCGGGAAAGGUUUCCGGACGCGUCACUUCAUGACCGCCCAUAAACGUAGAAUGCACAAGGUCCAACAGAUGCGAUUCGCCUGCUCCUACUGCAACAAACCCUUCUCUGACAAAGGAAACCUCAUCAAGCACGAACGGCGCCACAAGGGCAUCCGACCUUACGUCUGUCUCAUCUGCGGUCAAGGUUUCACCAGCAACUACUGCUUAAUCUCCCAUAACUACACCCACACCAAAGAGAGGCCCUUCCAGUGCCCACAUUGUGACCAGAAAUUCACUCUUAACCAGCAUCUUACGAACCAUAUGUACAAGGAACAUACGUCGCAUGGGAAACCACAGAAAACCCAAGCUCCUGCAACUCAGAAUGCAGCCACCAUUCCUGCCACACAACUUGUCAAUGUUCCAAUGCAGCCACAAAUGCAGCUCUAGCUUCUUUAUGAUGAGCACUGAGAAGUAUCGUUUGUUAUGGUGGAGAAGAUAUUCUCUAUGUUCAUUUACCUCAUUGUUGCUCUGUCAAGAUUUGUAAAAUCACUAUCAAGAAUGAAUGAAUCCAUUAGCUAAUUGAGCCAGACCCAGUAACGCAAAUGUUAACAAUCUAUUCCAAACUAUUGCAAAUUUAUAAAGUAUGAAAAUUAAGGUCCAUUUUAUUUACAUGUGUUACUGCAAAUCUUAAUUAAAAGAAGACAAAAAAGUCGGAUGGUUUCAUUAGGGUUGUUCGUGUUGCGUCAAACAAUCCGGUUUUUUUACCCUUCUCUCUAGUUGUAGGAAACAGUGCCCUAUCUUGCCAUUCUUUGGCUUCCUCAUAUAAUCAUUUCCAAGAAAGUGCACCCAGAUCAGUAAUUUGUCUGCUUUCCCUCAAUUAUGUCUCUGUUUCUGAUUAAUAUUAUCCAAUUGCUUAGUAGUUCUUUGGUAUUUCAUAAUUCAUUCUCAUAUGACCAGGGGAGCCUUUCAUGAAAGAAACUCAGUGAUUUUUCACUGGCUAAUGUUAAAAGCUACUGAAAUCCUUGCAUCUGAUUGGCUCAGAGCAAAUAAUUCUUUGAAAAUCACUGACAAGAUGCUUUAUGAAAUACCACUCCCCUCCGCCCAGAAUUAAAGUUGAUCUUUAUAGAGACUAAUUUAAAUAUUUCACCAGUAUUCUGUAUAAUUCCGUCUACAUAAGGAACCACUUUACGACUUGCUAGGUUUACUACAGGAAAGAUAAAGGCUCUGACUUUUGACAAGAUACCUUAAAGACAUAUUGGCCCGCAUUCCGAAGUUGGGUUUGAUUUAAACUCUAGUUUGAAGUUGUGGUUUCACUAUGGAAAGCCAGUUGCUACAUAAAUCUCUUAACAGUAGAGGUUCAAUGUAUCAGCUCAUUUGACUCCCAAAGCAUUAUUAACUGCCUGGGAAGGAUAAGUAUGACAAUUGCCUUCACUAUUUAAGAAGUAGUAAAGAGCAAAGUAAGCAUGAGAAGCAUUCACUGUAAACAAAAUUUUGAAACAUUUGGCUUACAAUAAUUUUAGCACAGAGUUAGACCAUGGUCUAAGUUAAACCCCGACUUCAGAAUACGAGCCAUUGAGUAGUAUUCAUACAAAAUGCACUCACAUGCUGCAAGCCCAGUGGACACUAUGCGACACUAUUGCACUGAGCUAGUGCACAUAUUGCAACAGCUCUGCAAUUUGCUAUGUAACAAUGACAGUUAAUUGUCUCCAUGGCGCCUCUUUUAUGCGUAUGUUGGCAGCGCUUCGGCAGCGCAGCGAAGUGGCCAUGACGUCACCUUCUAAGGCAAAUCGGAUUGGCUGAAACUAGCAAAAUCAUAGAAAAAUCGCUGAAAGAUUUGACAUGUCAAACGUCUAAGGUUUGGUCUGCGAUGCUACUGCAACAGAGUGGGUCGUAGUUGGAGCACGUUGUAUGUUGCCGCACACUCUGUCAUUUUGUUGCGAUGGAAUCUCGGUGCAAUCGCAUUGCAUAGUGUGCGCUGGGCUUUAUAUAUUCUUGAUUUUUGCUUAAUGAUCUUUCUUUGAUGAAUUUUUGCAAUAUUUUGAACUAAAUCCGUCUCAUGUGGCGGUAAUUUUGGUUUAAAAGGGAGUUGUACGCUGCCCACUUUCUCAAAUAAUGAACCACAAAGUCAAUAGAAACUCACUUCUUUAUAUGUCAUAGAUUGUUUACAUUGGACAGUAUACAUACAUUAUAUAUGUAUGGCAUGUGAGGGUACAUAGCAAAUUGUCCUGCUAAACCAGGAAAAUUAUAUCCUACUUUACAAUCAUGUAAUGUCAGUAAUGACUACAUAAUUUAUAUUAUGUGUACUGUAAUUUGAUUGAGAAACUCAACAAUUGAUUGUAUUCUCACCUGAGAUGAUUCUAAGUUACAGUUGUGCACAAAAGUUAGUGAAUCCCACCACAAAAUGCACUCCUUUAUGCUGAGUAUUGAAUGGAAACAACAA